GAUUGAAUGUGACGCCUUUCCUGCAGUACGGUGUCACAGUGUGAAGGUUCCCCAUUACCCAAAGUAGGAGCGGGAAAUCCUGGACGAUGAGGCUGGACGGCGGCGAUUCCCUUGGCUGGGCACUGGCCGCCGUCCUCUGCCUGUCUCUGCUGCUGCCGCCGGGGCAGUGCCAGGUUAAUGGCAACACCACGGCGCCGAACACCAGCAGUUCCAGGCCCGGGACUUCGCCGGCCUGGGGCAAAUCUAACGACGGGUCGGCGAUUGGACGCGCCGUGGCCGUGGUCCUCGGCUUCAGCGCCCUCGGGCUCAUCUACCUCUUGGUGCGGGGCCUGCGGUUAAAGAAAAGUCAAAGGAAGAAGUAUGGGUUGCUGUCCUCCUUUGAUGAUCACGUGGAGAUGGCUCCAAUGGACACAGAUGAUGAUGAUACAACAUUAUUUGAAGCAAAGAGCAUGAGGAGGAGCGUUAACUACACUGCCUCACAAACUUGCUGACUUCCAACCAUUCCAAAUUCUUCAAGAUACGCUCCACUUCUCUGCUAUAAUAAGCACCCGAGGGACAUACAGCGAAUGCAACAUUACCUGUUGUGCAAUUUUUAAGAAGCUCCCUGUCGCCCACUGAUUACCAACCAAUGACUAAAAAUAUUCGUAUGGUUUUAUGUGGCACUCGACAGGUAACAAUUCCAGGACAAGCAGGCUCUUCAGUAAAGGAACAGGGAAUUUCUUCAGCUGGGGGGGGGGGGGGGGGAUGUUUUACGCUGACUUUGAAAUUUCUGUAUCAUUCUGUGUCAUUCAAAAGACAAGUUGAAGAUUUGUCUGAAUUGUUUUUCUUUAAAAUUCUGCUUCACAGCAAGUGGGAUUUGCAAACUUUAAAACAUGUAUAAUUUUUUGUAAUGAAAUAUUUAAAUUGAUAUUGUUGCACUGAGUGGAAUGUUUGCUUUUAUGCCAUUCACUGUGGAUAAAUGUAUGUAUGUACAUACAACAAUGUUAAUAAUAUUUUGUGUUUGGCAGAGAGCACGUGCUUUUUUGGAAGAAACAACUAAACCUUUGCCUAAAGUGGCACCCCAAAUCUCAUCUUAUUUUAAAUGCUUUUUCCAUGGUCUUCCUAGCAACAGAGCUGUUUUACACUUAAAACAGUGCUGUGUUACACUUUGUCCCUAUUAAGUUAUGGAUGGCUAUACAGAAAGUCUGCUAACCACCUAAUAUUUUAAAGUAUAAUGUUGUCAUAUAGGAGUGCCUGCUUAAACAAAGGGAGCAAUUAAUUGGGUGUCAUCGGUUGUUUAACAUAGAAUGCUUCUUUUGUACUCGUGAUUCUAAUGCACUGAAAAUUUCUCUUGGGGAGGAGGAAUGGGGAAAAACAGGUUUUAAAAAUGAAUGGGGAAAAGCAGGUUUUAAAAAUGAUUCCCCUUUUCGGUGACACCAGUAUGUAGAAGCUGUCACCUGUAAGCAGACAUUUCUAUGGCACAUUUGGGGAACUGACUUCACUUGCAAGGAAGAAACUUACCAGCUUGCUGGUUGAAUUAAUUAUUUUCAGUGCAACCACAGUAUACUAUCUUACUUUGACUGAAAUCCUGUUUCCUGUGCGCAAUUCAAGGAUUAUUUCAUUGUUAGCUUAAAUAAGUUCAGUCCAGGCCAAUGUGGCAUAACUCACAAAGUAUAUACUUGUUGGAACUGUGAAGCUUUUUACAUGCCUUCUCGACAACAUGAAGAAGCUACAAUUGAAUGCCAUAGUUUUUCUUUAAUUUAUGUGAAUUUAAACCUUUUAAAAAUAAUUUUGGUGCCCUAUGUAAUUUAACUGAUAGGAUUCAUAGAUGUAGUUAGAGUUGCUGAGAGCGUCCUCCGGAACACAUUCCUUACCAAGAUGUUUAAGUCUGUACCAGAAGAGGGGUGAAGCAAUUGGGGUUUAUACAAUGUAAUGUGCCAAAAUGAAAGGGGUAUUUAAAUUCAGGUUGGAGAAGGGUGGGGAGCUGCAGUGAAGUUUUGGCAGGACAGCCAUUGGGUCGAAGCGUUUGGAGAUGGGUUGGAGAAAUUGGGUGAGGGGGAAGCAUUACAGAAUAAUUUGAGCACAAACCCUGUUCACUGUUUCCUAUGCACAGAUUGGCACAGCGUUUCCCUUCCUCUACUAAUUUUCCUUAGGUUACAAGGAGCUCGUGACUUUGGCACUAAUUGAAGAUAAUAUUUUAAUUACAUAAAAUGUCCACUGAGUACAAAAACAAAAUGCAAAUUUCACGCCAUUUUAUGCAGUGGCUGAAAUAAGCUUAUAAUUUAUCUUAAAUUCUGAUUCAGGGUUUCAAUUGUUUUAUUAACAGGGAACAUGAAGGAAAGAAUGAAACUGUCUUUUCCUGUUUAAAAGAGAUUACAAAGUGGGUUAUUGACAGCAAUUCCUGCUCUAUUUAUUAGAAAGUUGAUGGUUCUGAAUGUAUUGCUGAUUCAUUAUUUCACUUCCAUGUUGCAGUCAAAAGCAACAAAAGUGCUGAAAGAGAAAAAAAUGGGUUAGAGAUUUAGGGGUAAGUAGAAGUAGUGAUACUGUAUCUUUGGAAGAAAUAAAAGCAAAAGACCAAAGCUCUAUUAUUAUUGUUUGUUAUAAUGCUCUAUUUAUUUAGUUAUGUAAUUUUCAAAAUGAAACACGUUUGUAUGGAAAAAAUGGAACUCUUCAAUCUUUCCUUGGCAUUAAGCACAUCAAUGCUAGAUAGAGAGAAAUAAAGUACUCCCUAAUUUCUACCCAACUUAAGUUCAGCUGCUAUCUGAAUCUACCCACUGUGGAUAACACCCUUUUAUUGAACCAGGCGGACAAGUUUAUUUUCUCUCUCUCAUUAGGAAUUGCUGCCUGUUUGAUUCAGAUCACCACCGAAUGCCAAGUUACUUUCCACAAUGCAAUUCUUGUAUUCAUAAGGACUUGGGUUGAGGCAACUUGAGCUCAAUUCAUAUGCAGCCAUGUAACAGACUUUUCAUACUACUGUAUGAAUAUGGUUUUAGUUUAGGGCACCCUUGGAAAAAAAUAAGGUGAACAUUUUAAACGUCUAUUUGCCUUAUUUUUUCACAGCUGUUACAGCAAUGGCAGUGGUCUGUUUUACAUUAUUUAUAGAUAAUACUGCAUCAGGCAAUGUGUUAGAGCUAAGGCAUGCUGUAUAACUGGGCUUACAGUAUUUAUUUAAUAAAGCCUUUCCUCAAAAAUUAUUUACAGCUUAAAGAAAAUAAACUGCAACUACUUUUCUGAAUAAAAGGAGGGUAAUUAUCCCAGACAAAGGCAGUAAGUGGAGAACAGUCAUGAUGAAAAUGAACCUUUGUGAUUAAUAAUAAUGUGGUCAAUAGGACUGAUAGAAUUGCCCAGUUGUGUCCACUUUGCCUGGCCAUUUUGCCAUCAGUAUAUACAGUCUUCCAUGUAAAUGGCAC